CACCCGCGCACCCCGCGCACGUCGCGGCCGCAGGAGGGCCCAGCACCGCCGCCCGCCAGCUCCCAGGGCCCGGCCCGCCCCGGCGCCCGUGCUCUCGGGGCGGACUCCCGGCCCUCCGCGCUCUCCCGCCCGGCGAUGGCCCUGCUCGUAUACUUCUUAUUCCUCUACGGCCUGAAGCAGGCGCUGGGCAGUUACCCGAUCUGGUGGUCCUUGGCCAUCGGGCCCCAGUACUCAUCCCUGGGCACUCAGCCCAUCCUGUGUGCCAGCAUCCCGGGCCUGGUGCCCAAGCAGCUGCGGUUCUGUCGGAACUACGUGGAGAUCAUGCCCAGCGUGGCGGAGGGCAUCAAGAUAAGCAUUCAGGAGUGCCAGCACCAGUUCCGCGGCCGCCGCUGGAACUGCACCACCGUCAACAACAGCCUGGCCAUCUUCGGCCCCGUGCUGGACAAAGCCACCCGGGAGUCCGCCUUUGUGCAUGCCAUUGCCUCUGCCGGCGUGGCCUUUGCCGUGACGCGCUCCUGUGCUGAGGGCUCCGCCACCAUCUGUGGCUGCAGCAGCCGCCACCAGGGCUCCCCGGGUGAGGGCUGGAAGUGGGGCGGCUGCAGCGAGGACAUCGAGUUCGGUGGCAUGGUGUCUCGGGAGUUUGCAGACGCACGGGAGAACCGGCCAGAUGCCCGCUCUGCAAUGAACCGCCACAACAAUGAGGCUGGACGCCAGGCCAUCGCCAGCCACAUGCACCUCAAGUGCAAGUGUCACGGGCUGUCGGGCAGCUGCGAGGUGAAGACCUGCUGGUGGUCGCAGCCCGACUUCCGCGCCAUUGGCGACUUCCUCAAAGACAAGUACGACAGCGCCUCGGAGAUGGUGGUGGAGAAGCACCGCGAGUCGCGCGGGUGGGUGGAGACCCUGCGGCCGCGCUACACCUACUUCAAGGUGCCCACGGACCGCGACCUAGUCUACUACGAGGCCUCGCCCAACUUCUGCGAGCCCAACCCCGAGACCGGCUCAUUCGGUACCCGCGACCGCACCUGCAACGUGAGCUCGCACGGCAUCGACGGCUGCGACCUGCUGUGCUGCGGCCGCGGCCACAACGCGCGCACCGAGCGGCGCCGCGAGAAGUGCCACUGCGUCUUCCACUGGUGUUGCUAUGUGAGCUGCCAGGAGUGCUCGCGUGUCUACGACGUGCACACCUGCAAGUAGCGCGCCCGCCCCGCGUGCGGCUGCUGCAGGGGGCGGGCUGCUCCCUGGAUAGGGCGGGGGCGGGGCUCCUGUCUGGGGGCGGGGCUCCCAUCUGGGAGUCCCGGAUGGGGGAGGACUCCUCCCCGUAUAGGUCGGGGGCGGGCUCCUCUCUGGGGGCGGUCUCCUCCCUGGAUAGGGUGUUGCGGGUGGGGAUUGGGCUCCUGAAUCGGGAGGACUCCUGCCUGGAUAGGGGUGGGCCCCCAACUGAGAGUUCUGAAUGGAGGCGGGCUUCUUCCCUGAUACGGCGGGGGCGGGGCUCCAAUCUGGAUAGGGCAGGGCUCCCAACUAGGGCUCGUGGAUGGGUGCCGGACCUUCCCCGCCCCGUCCCUAGUAGGGCGGAAAUGAGGCUCCCUGGGAGGAGACUGGGCCACCCUACAAGUGCAGAUUUUCUCCCUGAAUGGGGCAGGGCUCCUCUCUGGGGGCGGGCCUCCGAGUGGGGCUCCUGGAUGGGGGUGGGCUCCUCCCUAGAAGGGCGGAAAUAGGGAUCCCUGGAUAGGGGCGGGGUCCUCCGACUGGUUCUGGUUUCUUCCUUCGAUGGGGCGGGGCUUUUCUCGGGAGGUGGGGCCCCAGGACUAGGACUCGCCUGGAUGGGAUCAGGGUAACCUGUGGUAGGGCAAGGGUGAGGUUCCUGAGUGGGGUGGGGUAUUCCUACACAGGUGCGGGCUUCCUGGAUGGGGACGGGGCGGGGUGGAGCUACCCCUGGAAGGGCGGGGUCCGUGGGUGGAGCUACCGGGUGGGGAGGGGUCAUCUCUGGGGGCGGGGCUCCCGUGCUGCCCUCCUCCUCCCCACCGGCCUACCUGUAAGGUUCCGCUACACCUCGCCCGAGAGAGGAGCAGCUUCUCAGGGCAGAACUAGCCGCGGGGACCCCGUGGGGUGGCAUCCGGCCCUCCCACCCCUUCCUAUGGGCCCUGGAGUCCACCCUCCAAGUCUGGUGCUCUGCAACAAUUCAGGCGACUGGAGGUCUUGUGACACCCCUCCCUCACCCUGGCAUCUGCCACAGCUCGCAACCAGGAACCUACCGGGAAGACGCUCACCCUGCUGAGCCCCAAGAACUGGGGAAAAGACAAGGAGUCCUGUAGCAGAGGGGCCUGGCCCCCGAGGCCUCGCUGUGCCCUGGCUGCUAUGUGCUCCUGCCUCAGACCGCCCCUGGGCCAUCUUCCCAGGAACCCAGGCUGCAGUCAGACCUGAUGAGCUGGGACCUCUACUAUGCAGACUGCCUGGCCCACCGUCCUCCCUGUCCUCACAUCUCACAUCCACCGGAGAGGAGCAAAGCUGGAACUGGAAACUUCCAGCCCCACCCUGUCUCCCUCUGAGCUUCUGGACCUCCCUGCACCUCCCUGGUCCACUGCCCUUGUAAGAGGAAGGCAGGAAGGGGGCCAGACUGCCCUAGCAACUCAUCUCUGCUGCUUUCCAGGCCCUGCCCUGCCAGACUCCAUACCCUGCCUCAGAUGCUCACUUGGAUUUGGGCUGCAUUGUUUGGGAGUUUUGAGGAGGAUGGGUCCACACCCAUGCUGCAGGCAAAGGACCCACAGCCCCCAGAAGGGUGAUCUUCCCUCCCCUUGCCCCCCCCCCCCCCCCCCCCGCCGUGGCCAGGACUGACCCCAGCUCCUUCUGCUGUGUGCCUGACCUGGCUGCCACUGGCCAUUGUUCUGGAGCCUCCCCCUGACUCAUCUGCCCUGCCUGGGAACCAGAGGCUGAUGGACCCUUGGCCACUGCCCACAGGGACCUCUCACCAGGAGACCUGUCCCCACCCAGCCUCUGCCACUGUGAAAUGUGCCCCAGCCCCUGGCCCUGAGGGCCCGCACCCAGGCAAGGUGCCCGGCACACCUCUGGGGACACAACCUCCCUCUGCCUUGAAUUGUGCAUUUUUGAUUUUAAUUUUAUUUCCGAUGCUGCUAUAUCCACCAUACACUGGAGCUAGACAAACAGA